GCCAAGCUCGACGAUUCUGAUUGAGGCAGUGCACUCGCCUCGCCUUCACUUGUCAUGCAAUCUCCACUUCCCAUCUACACUUACAUUCACAUUAACAUCCACGUAAGAAUCGUACGGUUCCCCUGACUCUCAUUGCGCUCGCGUGCCCCGCCAUUUCUAUUCCCCGCGCCAAGAUCGUUCCUUCAGCACGCGACGGCACUCGACCCUCAGCGCCGGCAAGUUAGCCGUAGACGGGCCUCUCUGACGUGUUAAAUCGCCGACGAUUGCUUUCACUGGCAAUCUCCGUGUUUUCGCUCACUCACUAAAUUCACAAUGAGCACUUCACCAAAGUCAAGAGGACUGCGCUAUGCGCCUCCACCAACCCGCAAGACUGGGUCCGCGAUGAACCCACUACUGGUCCCGAACAGCGGGCAAAACGAGCCACGGCGAUCUUCUAUCCAGUUUUUAGCACACAGAAAUGCGUCGCUUCCUCGGGGAAGUCCAAAGCCUCGCGAGCGACGACGUUUAUCAUCACCUCCACCUCCUCCUGCUUUCCAACCUCGUGUAUCCUUCGAUACAUUCGACAAGCCCGCAGACUUCAUCGAGGAGAGUUCGUUCACGCUGAUAACGAAACACAAAGAUUACGAGUACACCAAGCGGUCGAGAACGUUUUUGUGCGGGUUCGACGAGAACGAAUACUCUUCCUAUGCGCUCCAAUGGCUCAUCAACGAGCUCGUCGAUGAUGGCGACGAGAUUGUGUGCCUCAGAGUGGUUGAGAAAGAAGACGCUAUCGCUGGAGAUCGUAGCGUAGAGACAGGGCGCUAUCGCACAGAAGCUGAGACGAUGAUGAGGGACAUACAAAACCGAAAUCUCGACAACAAGGCCAUCAACGUGAUUCUGGAGUUCUCGAUUGGGAAAGUGAAUAAAAUUAUCGACGAUAUGAUCAAUCUAUACGAGCCGGCGAUUUUGGUAGUUGGUACAAGAGGCAAGAGCUUAGGCGGAUUCCAGGGCCUACUCCCUGGUAGCGUCUCGAAGUAUUGUCUGCAGCACUCACCUGUGCCCGUCAUCGUUGUGCGUCCAUCAUCAAAGCGCGACAAGGCGAGGCACAAGCGAGCCAACGACCCAGAUCGACAAAGUUACAGUCACAUGCUUGCCAAAAGCGAGAGUCUUAUCGAGAUUGAUAGUCCUCGCAAUAACAUCAUUACGGGUGAGGAGGCGGAGGUUGCAGCAGCCCCAACGGUGGUUGGAUUCAAACAGGCUGUUGUCGAUCGUAGUCCACUGGCACAAGUCUCCCACGCAGAGUAUAGCGACGAUGAGAGAGAGACGGGUGCCAACACUGCUGGCUAUGACCUACGGAGCCCGGCGGUGCUGAUGAAGAGCCCUGAGCUGCAAAAUCUCGACAGUCCUGAUCUUAGCGAAGAUUCUAGCAGCAGCGACGAUGAGGGACAGGGCAGCAUACCUACGGAUACUGCAGCUUCAAGGCCAGGCGGAUUACCACAAAUGAGUGGAUUCAGCUUCGAUACUGCAGAGACAUCUGCCACCGAGGGGACUGGGUCCAGAAAACAAUCGGGAACAUUUCUCAACUAUGGAUAGGCAGUCGAAGCGUCAGCAGGGCAGAGGGAGUAUGGGUGCACUUGGGCGGGUUGAUACGGGCGUUUUCUGCAGGACAUCAUAUCAUAGCCUGGAGUUUCAUGCUUGAGUAACACGCUGUUUGAACAAGUGACGGACAACGAAUAUCCUUGUUCAUUUCACUAUGCGGAACGCCAAUAGUGUGGUACAUCCAAUACAAAUUUGGAGCACGGAUUAAAGAUCGGGUCAAUCUAGUUUGAAGAACAAACGUG